AAUAAAAAUUUCUGAUUUAUUAAAAAAAAUUCCGAUUAAUUUUGAAUUGAUAACAUGAACAAACUCUAAGAUAAAAUGAAAUAUGCCAAGUCAGCUGCAACGAGAAGAGAUCAGAAAAAUUCUGGUCCAUAGACAAACGUAUGACCCUCCAAAAACAACGUUAAAUAUAUGCCUCAUCAAACCAUACGAACAUAUAAACUUCUGCAAUCUUACUUCUCAAUUCCUCGUUUUAAUUCUGCAAGAAAAAAUAAAUCAAUUAGAACGUCGAAAAUUGAUCAACAAUGCCGCCAACAGAUCACCAAUCUUCAUUUCUCAACCGGAUUAGCAUCCGUCGUAAUCAAGUAUCCACGAUGGAGAACAACCAUGAUCAAGAGCUAGAAGACAUUGAGCUAUUCCAAAAACACGUGGCUGAUCGCCUAGCUGAGCUCGCGUCGUCAGGCGACGAGAGCAAUGUGUUCCUCUCGAUUGCCUGGUUCCGAAGCCUUUUAGACGCAUUCCUCUGUUGUGAGGCGGAAUUUAAGGCCGUUUUGAUCAUUGAUCGUGAUCCAACUCAAUUUAUUAAGCCGCCUCUUGAUCGCGUCAGUGCAGAGCUUCAGGACAGGUGUGUUAAGGCCUUGGACAUAUGUAAUGCGAUAACUUAUGCAAUUGAUAUGGUACAUUACUGGCAGAAGCUCGCGGAGAUUGUUGUGACAUCUUUAGAAGAAAGGCCUAUUGGAGACGGACAGGUGGCUCGUGCCAAGAAGGUUUUGAACGCGUUGUUGGUGUUAAUUACUGAAGAUUACAAGGAGCAGAAAACUACAGAGAGGAGCUGGUCAUUUGGCCGGAGGGGAUCAGGGGCCUCGGUUUCCAAGGACCAGAGUAGUAAAAAUUUUAGGUACUUGAAUAUGUGUUUUGCUAAGUCAUGGUCUUCGGCCAAGGAGAUUCAGGCAAUGGCGAGUAAUCUGGUGGAGCCACGAGGCAAAGAGGCGAAUGGAUUGGCAAUGCCGGUUUAUGUCAUGAGUAGUGUGAUGGUUUUUUCGAUGUGGGCUCUUGUAGCAGCGUUUCCUUGCCAGGAGAGGAAUGGAUUGCCUACUCAUUUUCCUGUGGCGAAAAAUUUGAACUGGACUCAGUCGUUAAUUUCUUUGCAGGAGAAGAUAGGCGAGGAAUGGAAGAAGAAGGAGAAGAAAGGAAAAGGAGGAUUAUUGGAUGAGCUGCAGAAGAUGGAGAAGGUGGUAACGUCAUUGAUUGAAUUCACGGAAGCGUUUAAGUUUCCAGCAGAGGAAGAGAAGGUGAAAGAGGUUGAGGCGCAGGUGGCAGAAUUGUCGGAUAUUUGUAAGAGAAUGGGGGAGAGCUUAGGACCGCUGCAGCAACAAGUGAGGGAGAUUUUUCAUAGGCUUGUCAGAAGCAGGGGUGAGCUAAUGGAUCUUGUUGAGCAGGCAGGCUUCAUUACUGCUGCAUCAAAUUAAGAUUAGUAACCAAAUCAAUGGAACUUCAUGCAUUAUCUUGUUU